UGUACACUAUCUAGAAGCCUGCUGGUAUAGAGUUGGCAGAUAAAUCACAUAACUAAAUCAAUAAAAUAUGAUAAAUGCAAUGUAAAAUUUUGAUUUGUAUUCCUCUGCCAUCUUUAAAAACAAUACAUGUUUUAUUUUAUUUUAGGACGUGUAGGAACUCCUCAUUUUAUGGCUCCAGAAGUAGUAAAAAGAGAGCCUUAUGGAAAGCCUGUAGAUGUAUGGGGCUGUGGAGUUAUUCUUUUUAUUCUGCUUAGUGGUUGUUUACCUUUUUAUGGUACAAAAGAAAGAUUGUUUGAAGGCAUUAUCAAAGGAAAAUACAAGAUGAAUCCCAGACAGUGGAGCCAUAUAUCUGAAAGUGCCAAAGAUCUAGUUCGGCGCAUGCUAAUGCUUGACCCAGCUGAGAGAAUAACUGUUUAUGAGGCACUUAAUCAUCCUUGGCUGAAGGAGCGUGAUCGCUAUGCAUACAAGAUUCAUCUUCCAGAAACUGUGGAACAGCUGAGAAAAUUCAAUGCAAGAAGAAAAUUGAAGGGGGCAGUACUGGCAGCUGUAUCAAGCCACAAAUUCAAUUCCUUCUAUGGUGAUCCCCCUGAAGAACUGCCAGAUUUCUCGGAAGACCCAACUUCCUCAGGACUUCUAGCUGCAGAAAGAGCAGUUUCACAGGUGUUAGACAGCCUAGAAGAAAUUCAUGCACUUACAGAUUGCAGUGAAAAAGACUUAGACUUUCUGCAUAGUGUUUUUCAAGAUCAGCAUCUUCAUACAUUACUAGAUCUCUAUGACAAAAUUAAUACAAAAUCUUCACCACAAAUAAGAAAUCCACCAAGCGAUGCUGUACAGAGAGCCAAAGAGGUACUGGAAGAAAUUUCAUGUUACCAAGAAAAUAGUGAUGCAAAAGAACUUAAACGUAUUUUAACUCAACCUCAUUUCAUGGCCUUACUCCAAACUCAUGAUGUAGUGGCACAUGAAGUUUACAGUGAUGAAGCAUUAAGAGUUACUCCACCUCCCACAUCCCCAUAUUUAAAUGGAGAUUCUCCAGAAAGCAUAAAUGGAGACAUGGACAUGGAGAAUGUCACAAGAGUGCGAUUGGUUCAGUUCCAAAAAAACACAGAUGAACCAAUGAUUGUAAUUGUGCCACUUUAUGUUACUGCUUCUAUAGGUACACUUCAUGUAGGGGAUGAAAUUCGGGAAAUAAACGGAAUUAGUGUGGCAAAUCAAACAGUGGAACAACUUCAGAAAAUGCUUAGAGAAAUGAGAGGCAGCAUCACCUUCAAGAUUGUGCCAAGUUAUCGCACUCAAUCUUCUUCAUGUGAGAGAGAUUCCCCCUCUACAUCCAGACAGUCCCCAGCUAAUGGCCAUAGCAGCAUUAACAAUUCUAUUUCGGACUUGCCAUCAACAACACAACCGAAAGGACGACAGAUAUAUGUAAGAGCACAAUUUGAAUAUGAUCCAGCAAAAGAUGAUCUUAUUCCCUGCAAGGAAGCUGGUAUCAGAUUUAGAGUUGGUGAUAUUAUCCAGAUUAUUAGCAAAGAUGAUCACAAUUGGUGGCAGGGUAAACUCGAGAAUUCAAAAAAUGGAACUGCAGGUCUCAUUCCUUCUCCUGAGCUUCAGGAAUGGCGAGUAGCUUGUAUUGCUAUGGAGAAGACUAAACAAGAGCAGCAGGCAAGCUGUACUUGGUUUGGAAAGAAAAAGAAGCAGUACAAAGACAAAUAUUUAGCAAAGCACAAUGCAGUGUUCGAUCAAUUAGAUCUUGUCACCUAUGAAGAAGUGGUAAAAUUGCCUGCAUUCAAAAGGAAAACACUUGUUUUAUUAGGAGCACAUGGUGUUGGGAGAAGACAUAUUAAAAAUACACUAAUUACAAAACAUCCAGACCGAUUUGCAUAUCCUAUUCCACAUACAACCAGGCCACCAAAGAAAGAUGAAGAGAAUGGAAAGAAUUAUUACUUUGUAUCACAUGACCAAAUGAUGCAGGACAUUUCCAACAAUGAAUAUUUGGAAUAUGGUAGCCAUGAAGAUGCAAUGUAUGGGACAAAACUGGAAACAAUACGGAAGAUCCAUGAACAGGGAUUAAUUGCAAUACUUGAUGUAGAGCCUCAGGCCUUGAAGGUCCUGAGAACUGCAGAGUUUGCUCCUUUUGUUGUUUUUAUUGCUGCACCUACAAUUACCCCAGGCAUUAAUGAGGAUGAAUCUCUUCAACGCUUGCAAAAGGAAUCAGAAAUCUUACAGAGAACAUAUGCACACUACUUUGACCUUACAAUUAUCAACAAUGAAAUUGAUGAAACAAUCAGGCAUCUGGAAGAAGCUAUUGAGCUUGUUUGUAAAGCGUCGCAAUGGGUUCCUGUUUCCUGGAUAUAUUAAUCCAAUUACCAGAAGAAUGUGAUCAUUAUUGGAAGCCACCUCAUACUUGGAAAAACCUCUUUGUUAUUGACCUAUGUCAACAGGUCUUGGCCCCUAGAGACUACCUAGAUGUAGUGUGACCUACAUUUAUAAUUAUUGUCAUGUCUUUAUAGCUAGGCAAAAAAAUAUGAUAAUUUAAAGAGACAGUAUCUUUUUUAAUCAGUUCUAAAUUUUAUUACAAUGUAUCUUUAAAUAUAUGUAUUCAAUCUUUUGGAAUGUUAUAUUUUUGGAACUCAUAGCUUUUAAUUUCAAAGCCCCCUAAAACUGCACAAAAUAGAUGCUGCUUUCUAUAAUCUAUUUUAAUAAUAAUGUGAUCUUUACUUUAAUUGGGGGUGGAACAUUGCAUCUUUUAGAGUCUGAUUUUAUGAAUUGGAUUGAGUUGCUUUCCUUUAUUUAUUUGAAAUUAUUAGCCCAAUCAUGACCAGAUCAAUACUUAUAUUCUAAUGGCCUUCUGCUUUUUAAAAUCAUUUUUAGAGUAGCGUUUUGAAGUAUUUUGGUUUAAUAGGCAGAUAAUGUGAUACUGUCUCUUUGAAGAACUCUGUAAAACUGAAUAGAGAUUUGAAGUUGGGUCUUGACUCUUAAUGCAUGUGGACAGUUGCAAGCGUUCAUGCCGUUGGUGUAUCUGUGUUGAAAAAACUGUAGUCUACAACCAAGUACAUUCCGUUCAUGGGGGGAAGAUACCCAAGGGAAUAAAAUAAAAUACUAUGACUAAGUUGUAAAACCUAUGCACAUCCCUUGCAUUUUGGGCAAAUUUAUAAACAAAACUCUUAAUUUUUAUUAUUAAUCAUGUAGUGAAAUGUGUUUGUAAUUUUGUCUCAAAUUAAUUUGUUGUAAAGAUGGGAGGGGGGAAAAUUACUGGUUUUGCCAUUUCAGAUCUGUGUUGUCUGAGAGUAUUACCGUUUUAAUUAUGUUUAAGCAAAUAUGCUGAUUUUUAAUAUGUAUGUAAUUGUUUUGAAAAUGCACAUAUUUUAAGAGAAAAUACUGUGCAAUGAAAGAAACCCAGUUUAGGCUUUGCGAUAAAUUAACAGUUCCAAAAAACUCAGCUGCUGCAGCCCUGUAAAUUCUUUUCAGAUUCUAUAUAACCAUUUUUUAAAGUUUUAUUUUAAAUAUACUUCAUUUUACGUGUUCAACGAUUAAAUGCCUUGAGUCAUUCAUUUCAUCACAGGAUUCUACAAUUACUUAAGAAAAACAAUUUUUUGUAGAUAAUUAGAAAAAAGUUCUCUCAUCUUUGUGAUAUUUGACAUUCAUGCUUUAAUUGCACACUCACUCUGCAAAUAAGGGUUGCUUCAUACAUUCAUAUAUUCACAUUUUAGCACUUGCUUGUAUUAUACAUGCUGAAAAGUAUAUAUUCCCAAAACACAUUGUAAUAAAAUAAAUAUAUGGUUUAGAUUAAAUGGAUUUUCCAAUUGGCCAUGACUCGCUGAGCUAUAUGCUCUGGUUGGAAAAAGUACAACCUUGACAAUGUGUGGAACAGUCCUAAAUCUUAGAUAUGGAGCCUUAAGCAAAUUUUACCAUAAAUUCAUCUCAGGGUUAUUGCUAUAUUCUGAUUUCUCUAACCAAUGUCUUAGCAAGGAUAACAUCUGUUCCCCAUCAUAACAGGAGAUUGUGCAUUAUCAAUCCCAGUUUUUAAUAUCUUUGUGACUCAAAUUUCCAUGUAUCACUGGUAUUACUGUAUCUUGGACUGAUUGUUUUACAUUUUUAUUAUUUAAUAUGGAUUCUUUGCUUUUGUUAUUAAAUUCCAGUAUGUUUUUGAAAAGUGUUAUCUUCAA